AUGACAAAAGUUAUGUCAAAGCUCGCUGUGGCGUUAUUGGCCGUGGUUGCCACGUGUUAUGCGGCUCGGCUGGACAACACCUACCUUCCACCUGGUAAUGCGGGUACUGCGGGCGGUGCUGGCUUAAUACAAGCACCGAACCGAGGUCACGGAGGAGGAGGAGGAGGAGGAGGAGGAGGAGGGGGAGGAGGAGAAGGAAGGGGAGGAGGAGGUGGUAGCGGAUAUGGAGGCAGUGGAGGCAGUGGCGGUAGUGGAUUUGGAGGAGGCGGUAGUGGAUUCGGAGGAGGUGGUGGAGGAGGUGGAUUCGGUGGACCUGGCGGUGGUGGUGGUGGAGGUGGACCAAGAGGAGAACAGCAAGGUAGCGGCCAACAGAUUCCCAUCGUCUCGUACAACAACGACAACGGCGGGGACGGCAACUACCAAUUCAACUACGAAACAGGAAAUGGUAUCAGCGCGCAGGAAACGGGCCAUCUGCAAGGUAAUGGGGAGGCGGUGAGUGGAUCGUACUCCUAUACUGGGCCGGAUGGCGUACAGUACAGCGUCACUUAUACAGCGGACGAGGAAGGUUUCCAUCCCCAGGGCGCUCAUCUGCCGACACCGCCUCCGAUCCCACCAGAAAUUCAACGAGGUGUCGAGUUGGCGCUCGCUGCCGAGGCCAGAGGCGAGAAUCAAGAUACAUCUGGUGGUGGAGGAGGAGGAGGAGGAGGAAACGGUGGCGGUAACAGUGGCGGCGGCGGUGGUAGCCGAGGAGGUGGUCAAGGAGGUGGCGGCAGUGGUGGCUCUUACCAAGGUCCAAAUUCAUACCAAACAAGCUCGGGCGGGUACCAUUAUUAG